AUGUUCAAGUGCUGUAUUAAGUCAACUGCUUCCCCUAGAAAAGAUUCCAAGGCUAGAAGCAAAUCAAGAAAGAGUAAUAAGGUUUCUCCAAAGCCAUCAUCAAGUGAAUUAAAUUUGAGUAACCCUAGAAAGAGAAGAGUAGAUCCAAAGACAGUCAUUUAAAACCAUUUCAAUAUAGUAAUAAAUAAAGUUUAAGACAUCUAAGUUCAAACUCCUGCAGAUGAGGAAACUAAUCUUACAAACACUUAGGAUAUCAAAAAUCCUAGUUAACAAGUCAGCAGCUUCUAGCCCACAGUAAAUAACAUGAUGAAGCAAAUUAUAGAGACAUACUAGAUUCCUGCGAACAUGAGAUAAAAUAAUUAAUCCAAUAUAGACAAGUUACUUGGCCCUAAAAACGUGGUAUUUAGAAUAAUGAAAAGAAAAGAAUAUCGCUUAAAUAGAAAAAAUCACAAGGGAUCUAUAGACAAAGAUGAGAUUAAUAACUUGAUAGAUGAGCUGAUGAAUAUGGAUGAUUAGCAGGUAGUUUAAAGACUGAACAAUAUUAAUAGCAGGAAGCUAUCAAGUACGAUUCUUGAUGAGCUAUCUGAACCUUAAUAAGUAAUAUAGAGCCCUUAGAUUAAAAGUGAAAGGCCAGUCUUAGCGAAAGUAAAAUCAAAGUUUCAGAGUAUGGAUAUCAAAAGAGAUUUGACCCCUAGAUUCCAUGCUGAUAUUAUCCAAACAUAAUAAUUAAAUAUGAACAAACCUCUAACUUAAAUGAGUUCUCCUAAUGUUUUGGAGUUACUAUCACCUACUUUAUAUCCAUAGUCCAGAGAUACUCUAACUCCUUCAACAUUGUGUCAGAGUCCUAACGAUACAAUAGAUGUGAAAAGGUAGCCUAAAAAUUAGGAAUUUUAAUUAAAGAUGUAAGGCUUAUAACUUCCAAACUGA